CACCCGCCAUCUGGUCUCCGUGGCCUGUCUGUCAUUUCGUGGGUCCCCAUCCUCUGCUUACGGCGAUGUUUCUUCAACAAGAACUAGGGUGCAGUCCAUUGAUAGCUGAUCAGCUUCCUUGGAUUUUGCUGAUGACCCAGGAGAGCUUUGCCUGAAGAUGGAAACACUGGAGUCGGAGCUGACCUGCCCUAUUUGCCUGGAGCUCUUUGAGGACCCUCUCCUACUGCCCUGUGCACACAGCCUCUGCUUCAGCUGCGCCCACCGCAUCCUGGUGUCACACUGCGCCACCAACGAGUCUGUGGAGUCCAUCACCGCCUUCCAGUGCCCCACCUGCCGACAUGUCAUCACGCUCAGCCAGCGAGGUCUAGACGGACUCAAGCGCAACGUCACCCUGCAGAACAUCAUCGACAGGUUCCAGAAAGCCUCCGUAAGCGGGCCCAACUCCCCCAGCGAGACCCGCCGGGAGCGGGCCUUCGACGCCAACACCAUGACCUCCGCCGAGAAAGUUCUCUGCCAGUUCUGUGACCAGGAUCCUGCCCAGGACGCUGUGAAGACCUGUGUCACUUGUGAAGUGUCCUACUGUGAUGAGUGCCUGAAAGCCACUCACCCGAACAAGAAGCCCUUUACGGGCCAUCGUCUGAUUGAGCCAAUUCCGGACUCACACAUCCGGGGGCUGAUGUGCCUGGAGCACGAGGAUGAGAAGGUGAAUAUGUACUGUGUGACCGAUGACCAGUUAAUCUGUGCCUUGUGUAAACUGGUUGGGCGGCACCGAGAUCAUCAGGUGGCAGCUUUGAGUGAGCGCUAUGACAAAUUGAAGCAAAACUUAGAGAGUAACCUCACCAGCCUUAUCAAGAGGAACACGGAACUAGAGACCCUUUUGGCUAAACUCAUCCAGACCUGUCAGCAUGUGGAGGUCAAUGCAUCACGUCAAGAAGCCAAAUUGAUGGAGGAGUGUGAUCUUCUCAUUGAGAUCAUUCAGCAGAGACGACAGAUUAUUGGAACCAAGAUCAAAGAAGGGAAGGUGAUGAGGCUUCGCAAACUGGCUCAGCAGAUUGCGAACUGCAAACAGUGCAUCGAGCGGUCGGCCUCCCUCAUCUCCCAGGCGGAGCACUCUCUGAAGGAGAACGAUCACGCGCGUUUCCUGCAGACGGCCAAGAGCAUCACCGAGAGAGUCUCCAUGGCAACUGCAUCCUCCCAGGUCCUAAUUCCUGAAAUCAACCUCAAUGACACAUUUGACACCUUUGCCUUAGAUUUUUCCCGAGAGAAGAAAUUGCUAGAAUGUCUGGAUUACCUUACAGCUCCCAACCCUCCUACAAUUAGAGAAGAGCUCUGCACCGCUUCCUACGACACCAUCACCGUUCACUGGACCUCCGAUGAUGAAUUCAGCGUGGUUUCCUAUGAGCUCCAGUACACCAUAUUCACCGGACAAGCCAAUGUUGUUAGUCUGUGUAACUCGGCCGACAGCUGGAUGAUCGUGCCCAACAUCAAGCAGAACCACUACACAGUCCAUGGUCUGCAGAGUGGCACCAAGUACAUCUUCAUUGUCAAGGCCAUCAACCAGGCGGGCAGCCGCAGCAGUGAGCCUGGGAAGCUGAAGACAAACAGCCAGCCAUUUAAACUGGACCCCAAGUCUGCACAUCGAAAGCUGAAGGUGUCCCACGAUAACUUGACGGUAGAACGUGAUGAGUCAUCCUCUAAAAAGAGCCACACGCCCGAACGCUUCACCAGCCAAGGGAGCUAUGGUGUAGCUGGAAAUGUGUUCAUUGAUAGCGGUCGGCAUUACUGGGAAGUGGUCAUAAGUGGGAGCACAUGGUAUGCCAUUGGCCUUGCUUACAAAUCGGCCCCGAAGCACGAGUGGAUUGGAAAGAACUCUGCUUCCUGGGCGCUGUGCCGCUGUCACAAUAACUGGGUGGUAAGACACAAUAGCAAGGAAACCCCCAUCGAGCCAGCCCCCCACCUCCGGCGCGUCGGCAUCCUGCUGGACUAUGACAAUGGUUCCAUCGCCUUCUACGAUGCUUUGAACUCCAUCCACCUCUACACCUUCGACAUCACCUUCUCGCAGCCUGUGUGCCCCACCUUCACAGUGUGGAACAAGUGCUUGACCAUUAUAACUGGCCUUCCCAUCCCAGACCAUCUGGACUGCACAGAGCAGCUGCCGUGAGCACCUGGCCACGGGGAGCUGCUUUCUGGGUAAUACAAAGGGUCGUGGCCACCAUUUCAGGGACAGAGAAAGCACAGGCUUCCAGAGUGAUUAAAUGUCGCCAAAAAGCGUCCAGAAAUAUCAGCUAGGAUAGGACUCGAAAUAGGCGAUUCUCCCCUUUUACUGUCUUUUGUAUUAAGUACACGCUUUAAUAAUUUCUUCAAAUUUUUCCUGUAUUUGCAGGAAAAUUUAUAGAUUAUUUAUAAAAGAAACAUAACCGGAAUUACAACUCUUAGACAUUAUUUGGUUUUGCACAUUAAGAGGCCCAGAAGUUUACCAGCUCUUUACAACAACCUUUGUGUCAUCACGGUCUGUGGGCUUGAGGAAAAAAAAAUCUUUUAUAGUUUUGUAUGUUUAUUCACCUCCUCACAUCAUCGUAUCUCAUACUGAUCCCAUCGUGGGUCCUGUUGCCUCGACAGUGCGUAACAGAAUAUGCAGUUACCUUAAAAAUAAAAAAUAGUUUCGAACCUAGUAGGGCAGCAAACGGGCUUUCUUAGUCUGCUUUAUUUUGAAGUGUUUUCAGUGUGAUGUCAAAACCGUCUUGGAUCAAGAGGGAGAGUGGAAAGAAUUAACUUGGGAAUCUGCCAUGGCCCAAUCUUUAAUCGCCCUCUGAUGGCUGGUGGGGUCACGUUGGACAGA